GGUCACAAGCCACUUAGGUUUAAGAAAGUCAUUGAAUAAAGCUUUGUUUCUGACUAUGUAUUUUUAUUAUUUGCUAAAUAAUGUACUGUGUGCUCCUGUUACACCGGCAUUUGCUCAUUGGGGAUACAAUAUUAUCCUAUCUUAAAUCAUGUUUAAUGGUGCUUCUUAUUCUGCUGUUGAGGAAUUUUCGUUACUUGUUACAACUGAGUAGUAAUAAAAAGUACGUUAAUAACAAUUUUUUUUUGCAGGUCAGCGGUGCACCGUCGGUGGUGAGAUUAAGACAGACCUUUUCCAAGCUGGUGCCGGGCCCAGUUCGCCAUCCUCCUUGACCUUCACCAGCGAAUUCAAACACAAAGAGGAGGAAAUGCGGAGACACGUCUUAUAUCAAAAAGCCACCAAACGCAUUCAUGAUUUUCAUGAAGGCGCAGCGGCCUUUCGUGAAGGCCGCUGCGCCAAGGCAAGACAGCGCCGCUGUCAACAAGGUCCUGGGGCAAAUGUGGAAGUCGCUGACGCCGGCUGAGCAGCUCAGUUACUUCCACGAAUCUGAGCGGCUCAGUCGGAUCCACGCCACCAGGUACCCGGACUGGACCUACAGAGACAACUACUGCAAAAAGCAAAAGAGAAAGUGGGGCAGUGCAGCCACCAGCGUAAAUCAUCUGACCGCGCCUGCGCCACAGCUCACGGUACCGGCCACGGUGCUCUCAACGGGGUCCGACGAGGACCUCGUGUCCAGUAUUCUAUUGGGGAACACAGACAUUGGGGGCUCCGCACUGAGCCUGGAUGUGGGGCCCGAGGUGGAUCUGACAGCGGCCUUGUACAGGCAGCUUGAGGCACUGGAGGCGGAGGAAGCGUGGAAGUCGCUGACGCCGGCUGAGCAGCUCAGUUACUUCCACGAAUCUGAGCGGCUCAGCUGGAUCCACGCCACCAGGUACCCGGACUGGACCUACAGAGACAACUACGUGAGUCCCAGAGUCAUUUAG